GGAUCCAUUUGGAGCUCCGAUUCGAGCUAGAGGCAAUGAACGGAAGACAGAGAUCUGGCGCAGCGGCGGUGCACCACCAGAGACAGCUUUCCGAUAACCCUCUCGACAUGUCUUCCUCUAAUGGCCGAUGGCUUCAAUCUACUGGUCUUCAGCAUUUUCAGUCAUCCGCCAAUGAUUAUGGAUACUAUGCUGGUGGACAAGGAGGUGGUCAAGCAGCAAGAGGAUAUCAGAAUGCUCAGAGAGGGUUUAAUGGAGGGAAUGAGUUUUUUGGGGAACCAACUACUCCUCAAUACGGUGCUCGUCCAACGAACCAAAGGAAGAACAAUGAUGAAUCUGAGUUUAGUCCUGGGCUUUUAGAUCUGCAUUCUUUUGAUACUGAGCUUCUUCCUGAGAUUCCAGUCUCUAGCCAAGUAGAUGGCUCCUCACUUUUCAAUCCUAAUCAAGGCCAAAGCUUUGAUGACUUUGAAGCUUACAACAAGCAACCUAACCGAAGUCGCGUGUUGGCUGAAAACUUGGCUGCUGAGAAGGAGAGGAUGAAUGCUGUUGCAAAGAUCAAAGUCGUUGUGCGUAAGCGACCACUUAACAAAAAGGAGUCGACAAAAAAUGAAGAAGACAUUGUUGACACCCAUGCCAAUUGCUUAACAGUUCAUGAAACUAAACUUAAGGUCGACUUAACAGCUUAUGUUGAAAAGCAUGAAUUUGUCUUUGAUGCCGUGCUAGAUGAGGAAGUAUCAAAUGAUGAGGUAUAUCGUGAGACUGUGGAGCCUGUAGUCCCCCUAAUAUUUCAGCGCAUCAAAGCCACUUGCUUUGCAUAUGGUCAAACAGGUAGUGGUAAAACCUAUACUAUGAAGCCUUUGCCUCUUAAGGCUUCAAGGGACAUCUUGAGGUUGAUGCACCACACAUACAGAAACCAAGGGUUUCAGUUGUUUGUUAGCUUCUUUGAGAUUUAUGGAGGAAAGCUAUAUGAUCUCCUCAGUGAGAGGAAGAAGCUGUGCAUGAGAGAGGAUGGUAAGCAGCAAGUGUGCAUCGUUGGUUUACAAGAGUACAGAGUAUCUGAUACAGAUGCUAUUAUGGAGCUUAUUGAGAGAGGAAGUGCAACAAGAAGUACUGGAACCACUGGUGCAAAUGAAGAAUCCUCUCGUUCACAUGCUAUACUACAGCUCGCAAUCAAAAAAUCAGUAGAGGGAAAUCAGUCAAAGCCCCCUCGCCUCGUUGGCAAGCUUUCUUUCAUUGAUCUUGCUGGAAGUGAACGUGGUGCAGAUACAACAGACAAUGACAAGCAGACAAGAUUGGAAGGAGCAGAGAUCAAUAAGAGCUUACUCGCCUUAAAGGAAUGCAUUAGAGCUCUGGAUAAUGAUCAAGGUCACAUCCCUUUUAGAGGCAGUAAGUUAACUGAAGUUCUUAGGGACUCCUUCAUGGGAAAUUCUCGUACUGUAAUGAUAUCGUGCAUAUCUCCAAGCUCUGGAUCAUGUGAGCACACCCUUAACACCUUAAGAUAUGCGGACAGGGUUAAGAGUCUCUCAAAGGGAAACGCCUCUAAGAAAGAUGUAUCUUCUUCGACCAUGAACCUACGAGAGUCCACAAAAAUUCCUUUGUCUUCUGCACUUCCAACUCCAUCUAACUAUGAUGAUGACGUGAAUGAGAUGUGGACUGAAGAGAACGAUGAAUUUGAUGCAUCGGAUUAUGAGCAAGAUAAACAAAUGUGGAAGAAAAACGGGAAGCUAGAGCCAUCCUACAACGGUAUGGCACAGGAGAGAAUCCCGAAACCUACUAUUCAGAUGAAGUCAAGAGACAUGCCAAGGCCCGAUAUGAAGAAGUCAAACUCCGAUGACAAUCUAAAUGCACUUCUGCAGGAAGAAGAAGACCUUGUGAAUGCACACCGUAAACAAGUUGAGGAUACGAUGAACAUUGUGAAAGAGGAGAUGAACUUACUGGUUGAAGCGGACCAACCUGGAAACCAGCUAGAUGGUUACAUUUCAAGACUGAACACAAUUCUAUCGCAGAAGGCUGCAGGUAUACUCCAACUACAGAACCGUCUUGCUCAUUUCCAGAAACGCCUUAGAGAGCACAACGUAUUGGUAUCUACCACUGGGUACUGACCUAUAAUCACUCUCUCGAGUAAAUACCGGUCCUUUUAUCGACCUCACCCUGGGUUUUGCACUUGCCCCUACUGGCUUGGACUGAAGUUCAGAAGUUUAUCUGUUUACAGCCUACUGAGAACUUUACAGCAAAGAGUUAUGGAUGAUUACAGAGUUUCUCAUACGUAAAAGGAUAUGCAUUCUGUUCUUGCCGCCGCACUUGAAUUCUAUCAGAUUCUUGUAAUGGAUUUGUUGCAGAAGAUGAAAUACCUAUGUAAUAUUGCAUU